UUUUAAAUAUUGAAUAUUUGCAAAAAAAUCAAAAAGAUGAAAUAUUUGAAGAAAUUAUUGAAGAUUCUGAAACUAUAAAUAAAAAUUUUAAAAAUAUUAAUGAAAAUAAUAUAUCUAAUAAAAUUAAUUUUGCAACUAAAUUACAACUUCUUACUUUAGCACUUUAUAAUCAGUAA